CCGUGACGCGGGGUGGUGACUGGCUCCCGUGUCUGAGGGGCUCCUGCUUGUCAGGUUCUAGCUCAUGCUUUCUGGCUAGACCUAUGCUCAUUCCUGUGAGACUUCACUGAAAGUUUUAUCAAGUGUCUUCCUCAUCCCUGAUGUGUAAUCCUUCAACAUGGACCUGCUACUUUAGCUAAGAUAUGACCAGCAAUGACUAGUAGUAAGCAUUUUGAAUAUAUCAUCUCAUUUCCUUCUGGCCUGCAAAGUUUCUGCUGAAAAAUCUGCUGAUAGUAUCUGAACUUUAAAUAUACAUUGACUGCAGUUUUUACAUUUGGUUGCAUUAAGUUAAAGAUAUGUGCUGAUUAGAAGGCUCACUUGUGCAGUGUGGAGGAUAAGACAGUGCCUUACAAAAAUGGGGUUUGGGAGUGACCUGAAGAAUUCACAUGAAGCCGUGUUAAAAUUGCAAGACUGGGAAUUACGGUUACUGGAAACAGUGAAGAAAUUUAUGGCCCUGAGGAUAAAAAGUGAUAAAGAAUAUGCAUCUACUUUACAGAACCUUUGUAAUCAAGUUGAUAAAGAAAGUACUAUCCAAGUGAAUUAUGUCAGCAAUGUAUCCAAGUCUUGGCUACUUAUGAUUCAGCAGACGGAACAACUUAGUAGGAUAAUGAAGACGCAUGCAGAGGACCUAAACUCUGGACCCUUACACCGGCUCACCAUGAUGAUCAAAGACAAGCAGCAGGUGAAGAAAAGUUAUAUAGGUGUUCACCAGCAGAUAGAGGCAGAGAUGAUCAAGGUUACAAAGACAGAAUUAGAGAAAUUAAAAUCCAGCUAUAGACAAUUAAUAAAAGAAAUGAAUUCUGCCAAAGAGAAAUAUAAAGAAGCUUUAGCUAAAGGGAAAGAAACCGAAAAGGCUAAGGAACGUUACGACAAAGCCACAAUGAAACUUCAUGUGUUGCAUAAUCAGUAUGUAUUGGCACUGAAAGGGGCACAGCUUCAUCAGAACCAGUAUUAUGACACCACACUUCCUCUGCUUCUGGACUCCCUACAAAAGAUGCAAGAAGAAAUGAUAAAAGCACUAAAAGGCAUAUUUGAUGAAUACAGCCAGAUAACUAGUCUUGUUACAGAGGAAAUAGUGAAUGUCCAUAAAGAGAUUCAAAUGUCGGUUGAACAGAUAGACCCUAGCACAGAAUAUAAUAAUUUUAUAGAUGUUCACAGAACAUCAGCUGCUAAAGAGCAAGAAAUUGAGUUUGAUACUUCCUUACUAGAAGAAAAUGAAAAUCUUCAGGCAAAUGAGAUUAUGUGGAAUAAUUUAACAGCAGAAAGUUUGCAAGUAAUGUUGAAAACUUUAGCAGAGGAGCUUAUGCAGACACAACAAAUGCUUUUAAACAAGGAGGAGGCUGUCCUGGAGCUAGAGAAAAGAAUUGAGGAAUCUUCUAAGACCUAUGAAAAGAAGUCUGAUAUUGUGCUUCUGAUAAGCCAAAAACAGACACUCGAAGAGCUGAAACAGUCAGUGCAGCAGCUGAGGUGCACCGAGGCAAAGUUUGCAGCACAGAAAGAAUUACUAGAGCAAAAAAUGCAAGAAAAUGAUGGAAAAGAGCCACCUCCGAUAAUAAACUAUGAGGAAGAUGCACGAUCAGUUACAUCUAUGGAAAGAAAGGAGAGGCUAUCCAGAUUUGAGUCUAUUCGCCAUUCAAUUGCUGGAAUAAUUAGGUCUCCAAAAUCUGCUCUGGGCUCUUCAACAUUCUGUGAUACGAUCCCCAUAAGUGAGAAGCCCCUGGCAGAACAGGAAUGGUACCAUGGUGCAAUUCCCAGAAUAGAAGCGCAAGAUCUGUUAAAACAACAAGGAGACUUCUUGGUGCGAGAGAGCCAUGGGAAACCUGGUGAAUAUGUCCUUUCUGUAUAUUCUGAUGGACAAAGGAGACACUUUAUCAUACAAUAUACUGAUAAUGUGUAUCGAUUUGAAGGUACUGGUUUUUCAAACAUUCCUCAACUUAUAGAUCAUCACUACACAACAAAACAGGUCAUCACUAAGAAAUCAGGUGUCGUUCUGCUGAAUCCUAUUCCUAAGGAUAAGAAAUGGGUUCUCAAUCAUGAAGAUGUUACUUUGGGAGAAUUACUGGGCAAGGGAAAUUUUGGUGAAGUAUAUAAGGGCAUAUUAAAGGAUAAAACUGCUGUUGCUGUUAAAACAUGUAAAGAAGAUCUUCCUCAGGAACUGAAAAUAAAAUUUUUACAAGAAGCCAAAAUUCUCAAGCAAUACGAUCAUCCCAAUAUUGUCAAACUUAUAGGAGUUUGUACACAAAGACAGCCUAUCUACAUCAUUAUGGAACUGAUUCCAGGAGGUGAUUUUCUCUCCUAUCUGAGAAGAAAGAAAGAUGAAAUAAAACCUAAACAAUUAGUGAAAUUUGCAUUAGAUGCUGCUUCCGGUAUGUCAUAUCUCGAAAGUAAGAACUGUAUACACAGGGAUCUUGCUGCAAGAAACUGCCUGGUAGGUGAAAAUAAUGUUCUGAAAAUCAGUGACUUUGGAAUGUCUCGUCAAGAGGAUGGUGGAGUGUAUUCAUCUUCUGGCCUAAAGCAGAUUCCCAUUAAAUGGACAGCACCAGAAGCUCUUAAUUAUGGGAGAUACAGUUCUGAGAGUGACGUGUGGAGCUUUGGCAUCCUCCUCUGGGAGACCUUCAGCUUAGGGGUCUGCCCGUACCCCGGAAUGACAAAUCAGCAAGCACGUGAGCAAGUGGAAAGAGGGUACCGAAUGUCAGCCCCUCAGCAUUGCCCAGAGGAUAUCUUUACGCUUAUGAUGCAGUGUUGGGAUUAUAAGCCUGAGAACCGCCCCAAGUUCAUUGAACUUCAGAAAGAGCUCACCUCCAUCAAGAAGAAAUUCUCAUAGUGACGGGACGACGGUGCCCGACACAGCCUUCAGGACGCGGCCCUCCGCGGGGAUGAGUUUAUGCCAUGUUACCUGCAACGGUCUGCUAAGGUUAUUUUUUUAUUAACUGUUUUUUUUUUAAUGUGUGCCACUUACAAAAAGGCAAAUGCUUCCAAGGAACAGACAGUCCUACCAAGGGCUUUAUCAGCUCACUGCAGCCACCCUGCCAUUUCAGGCCACUGUAAUAAUAGAGGAGCAAGGCUCUCACGGAAGGGGCGACAGAUGUUUUCACACCGGGACCACUGACGUGUGUCACUGCUCUCCCGCCGCAGGCACAGGUCGCGGGCGCUGGCCUGUGCCGCCCACCUGGCUCACUCGGUGCUAUGCGCUGCCUUGGUGACGCACGUCCGCAGGACACCUUCCAGCCGGAGUUUGCUCUGCUCUGCCAAGGCACGAUGGUAUUUGUAAGCAUCAUUUUCUGGUGGGAAUUAUUCAGCCCUCCUAGGGUUUUUAUUUUUUCAUUUUUUACUGCCAGAAAUAAGUGCAGUGUACGAAUCAUCACACCCCUGUGUCAGCAGGAAGGUCCGUCCCCUCUGUUUGAGGACAGAGCACACUGCUGGCACCAAGGCAGCAGCUUGUCAUGGACGUUUAGAGAGGGGAUCAGAGAAGAGAAGGAAAACAAACUGUCUUCAUAUCCAGGUUACACCCACCCCAUUUUUAUGGUCCGAAUUCACGAAACAGGUUCUAAGAAAUGUUUUUCAGGAGUUCAUAGAUAAAGGCUUCUUAAUGGCAAUAAAACUUUUUUGUUUAAGAGAAACUACAAAGCACAAGUCCACAGAACCAAGAGCACACUGUCGGUGAAGCUCCUGCACCACGGAGGGGGCAUCCAGCGUCUAAUUCCCCUGCCUGGUGCCAGUUUCCUGAGCUGGCAGGAUCUCAUGAUCCUACACGAGAAACACACUCAGGUGUCUGCCUACGUGCACCUCCCACCACGGAGCAAGGCAGGUGUGAACGGUUAACAGAUGAACACUAUUGAGGAAAAAGAUACAGGACAGCCUCCUUUGUUACCCUAACACUGCUGCCCGGAAACUCUUAGCAGGCAGGUGUGCAGGACAGUGCUGGAGAUGGCUCCCCUGAAAUGUGACAGUUCAGUAGGAUUCUGUCGAGCUGCCCCGUGGCUGCAUCCCGGGGCUUACCCCGUGUUCGGUAUACAGUGGCCUCAGGAUCAGUGUGCGUGGACGAGAUGGUCAGGCUCAGGGGUAAAUGUGACUUGGGAGCUUUCCAUAAGUGCUCAGGCAGAUGUCCAGGUAAACAGCACCUUAGUGAUGGUCUGGUCUUUGUUUAUUAGAAGAGCUUAUGGGAAAGAAAAUUCCUCCUAUUUGUUGCCUGUGAACAUCAGUGCACAGAACUCACACCCACUUCUCUGAAAGGUAGAAAGGAUAAAACUAAAGAGAAUAAUGGCUUGUCUGUCAUUUCAAUCUUCUUGCAAGUUUUGUACACAUUUAAUGAUUACUGCAUUCAGACGAAAAUGAAAGCAUAAUAAACUUGCCCUCAAAAAUAUA